UUACAUCCACACAAGGGGUAGAAGAAGAUAUCAGGGGCCAGUUGCCGUAAAUUAAGUGAAGAAGAAGGGCAGCAUUGUGAGCGGAUAGUGGUUGAUCGUGACGCUGGGUGGCUGAAAAUUGACACGAAAUAGACUUUGAAGACACACUAGUUCCUAAAUUCAGUGGAUGCUGAAUCCAGGCCAUCCAGGUUCAAGUUAAGGAAUUUGAUCUCUUAAGUGAACAAACCAAACCUGUUCAAGCAUUUGAGACGCACGAAGAUACAAACCGGUGAACUUGGGAUCUAAUCAUGUCUCGCCGAAGGAGUCGCAGCCUAUCACCAGGGCGCUAUUCGCGCUCUUGCAGCAGUAAUGAUCCUAGAGAUUUGGAGAGGAGGAUUUUUGUUGGGAAUUUGCCGACCUCCGACAUGGAAAAGAAGGAUUUGGAAGACCUGUUCAGCCCAUACGGGAAGGUAGUCGGCGUAUCCAUGUUUCGUGGGUUCGGAUUUGUACAAUUUGAACGCGUUGAGGAAGCCGAAGCUGCAAAGGCGGCCCAAAAAGGUCGAAUAUAUAAAGGUUAUAAAAUAGAUGUAAAUAUGGCAGUGGAGCGACGGCAAGCUAAACCUCAAUCCCAGCAGAGCCCUCCACGAAGGGCCCCUUACAGCACCUACGGGGACAGCAAAGAGCCCCGACCUCGGUCUCGCUCACCUGUUUAUGGGCGUGACGGACGUGAGCCUCGGGACAGCCGUGAUGGGAGGGACUCCCGGGAGCCUCGACCAGGUGGCCACUCUCGUGACCCUGAUUACCGGUACCGUAGCUCAGAGAGCAGAGACAAGGACAUCAGAGGUGACCCACGGGAUUCUGCUUACAGCAGAAGCGAGUAUGACAGAUACUACCGUAGUGGCAGUGGUGCAGAAGAUUAUUUCAGGAGGAAGGACGAGACCUACAGGGAUCCUUAUGGAGAUCCCUGGAAUGGACGUCGUGAGCCAGAAGAGGAGCGUCUACGACCAGAAGAACGCCGGCGUAAUGAACUGUAUCGGCAGUACUAUGAAGAACUCCAGCGGCGUCAUGACGCUGACCGUCCUGUCGACUGCUCUGUAAUUGUUGUCAACAAAGCCCAAAAUAGGGAGUAUGCUGAGACGGUUGGGCGGAAGGUCCGUGACUUGGGAAUGGUGGUGGAUUUGAUCUUCCUCAACACAGAAGUGUCUCUAACUCAAGCACUGGAGGAUGUAGGCCGAGCUCGUACUCCUUUUGCCAUCAUCAUAACCCAACAACAUCAGGUGCAUCGCUCCUGCACUGUCAAUAUCCUCUUUGGCACACCUCAAGAGCAUCGAAACAUGCCCAUGCAGGACGCCAUGAUGCUGGUUGCCCACAACUAUGACACCUACAAAAUCGAAAACCGUGAAAAAGAACGUGAGGAGAUAGCCAGAAAGGCUGCGAAGAUGGCAGAUGAUGUGUUACUCAGAGAGCCUGACCGAGAGAGCCACCCCGUCUCCUUACUUACGAACAUCACACUAUUGGCUGAAAAUAGAUUUGUGACUCCAGACGAGUUGGACAGUCUGAUUGCAUACCUGAAGGACAAAAGAGCUCGGCUGGUACGAAGCACAGCAGAUCCCCUUGCAGCUCCAGUCCAUGUUGGGCCUCCUCCAGCAGUACAUCAUGAAGUUCCCUCUUCAGCUGCAGCACUCCCUCCAUCUACUCACACACCCCCCCAGUCGGGUCAUCUCAGUCUGUCAGCGGGUUCAAGCACCUCGGCUAAUCCCAGUCACCAGCAGGAGCUGCAGGCUAAAAUCCUCAGUCUGUUCAACAGUGGCAGUGGGCAGUUAACAGGCACUACUGGCCUCCCCUCUGCACCCUCACAGUCACACUCAUAUGGAUCUCUUGGCCAGUCUCCUUCCCAAAACCCAUCCCGCCCACCAAUGCCAGGUCCUCCUGCACCUGCAUCUCAGGGGUACGCAAACCCUCCAGGCCGAAUGCCAGUUGCCACCAGUAUUCAGAGACCCCCCACCUCUGCUUCAGGCAUCAAUUUUGACAACCCGAGUGUCCAGAAAGCUCUGGACACACUCAUUCAGAGUGGACCCUCUCUCAACCAUCUGGUGAGUAGUGGGGCCUCUCAGCAGCAAGCCCCAAGACCAGCACCCAACAUGGGUCAGGCCCCACCUGUGUCUAUGUACCCCCGACACUACUGAAAAGCUGUAGAACCCUGAAUUUAUUUUAAUUUUAUUUUUUUUCCCCUCCGAUGCCAUAAACUUUCCUGUGCAGUGAGUUUUCUUGCUUAGUAUCAGUAGACUGUAGGGAUGUUUUUGUAAAACCUUUUAAUCUCUUUUCCUCCAUUGUUCAUAAAAUGUGAAGACUUUUUUUUUUUUUUUUUUUUUUUUUUUGCAGCUGUUUGCCAGAAAAUAAUUAUUCAGUCUCGUUAUGAAGUACAUUUUGCUUACAGAUGGAAUUCUCAGUUCUUUUCCAACUAUUGUCUUAUAGUUUUACAGUCUUUUAAUUUGUCACAUUGUUUUGUUUUUUGUUUUUUCAUGAACAAAACAAGACAUAAUUAAAAACUCAGACACAAUUCCUGUAAUAAAAUGGUAUUGGUUUAUUGCA